UCAUCAAGGGGGAGGUUGUGUUGAUGGUGGACAACGACAAAGUUACGGCUUGAAAGACGUCAAAGGUAUUUGGAUCCGGUUUCAAGGCAAGGCUAAGACGAAAUUCACAACAAGAAGUAACAAUGAGACUCAUACUCACACUUUGAAGGAGAUUUAUUUCGACGAUAAUGAAGUGGUAUUUGGAAGGGGGAGAUACCAGCGUGAAGAGAACGGUUUACACAUUCCUUCAGGCAGGAGCAGCUUUCCUUUCCAGUUUCGACUUCCGAUGACGCCUUUGCCGUCUCCCUUCGAGGGAAAGUACGGCUACAUCCGCUACCGCGCUAAGGCAACCGUGUCAUUAAUCCGGACAUUCUCCAACAAGGACUACAAAUGCGAGAAGCUUUUCAGCAUGACUGGACCGACGCUGGACCUCAACCAACACCCGACAACCCAGUCGGAGGUACAACAUCGCAAAGAGAUGAUUGGAUGUUGUGGUUGUGGAUGCUCCCCCGAGUCGAUCAUCACAGCUGGUCUGCCAAAGAAGGGUUUCGUUCCCGGCGAAGGCAUCUACGUCAUUGGUCACGUGGACAACCAGGAUGGCGACGAGACAAGGAUGUUUAAAGCAGGUUUGUUUCAGAUCGUUGGAAGCUCUGGGUUCUUUGCCAAAUUUAAUGUUGUUAUCGGCACCGUACCUCACCGGACGGUCACACGGCCGCCUGCCGCUGUAGCUUCUGCCCUGCCCACUGAUGACACCGGAAUAGAAUUGUCUGGACCCACCAACGGUCCUCCAGCCCCUCCCUACGAACCACCCCCACCGAGUUACGAGGAAGCGGUCGGGGUGAUUGACCGACUCACUCGACAAGGGAACUCUGACGAUUGCUUCAGUCAAGACCAGUUUGUUCCUCGCUAUCCUUACUUCAAUCUGACGGUCGAUGUCCCGCCUGCUCAUCGGUAUUAG